AUGAAGGCACUCAGCAUGAAGGCACUCGGAAUGAAGGCACUCAGCAUGAAGGCACUCGGCAUAAAGGCACUCAGCUUGAAGAGACUUAGCCUGACGGGACGCAUCAUGAAGGGACCUAGCAUAAAGGGACUUAGCAUGAAGGGACUUAACAUGAAGGGACUUAGCAUGAAGGGACUUAGCAAAAAGGGACGCAGCAUGAAGGGACGCAGCAUGAAUGGACGCAGCAUGAAGGGACGCAGCAUGAAUGGACGCAGCAUGAAGGGACGCAGCAUGAAGGGACGCAGCAUGAAGGAACAUAGCAUGAAGGGACUCAGCAUGAAGGCACACAGCAUAAAGGGACGCAGCAUGAAGGGACUUAGCGUGAAGGGACGCAUCAUGAAGGGACGCAGCAUGAAGGGACGCAUCAUGAAGGGACGCAGCAUGAAGGGACGCAGCAUGAAGGGACGCAUCAUGAAGGGACGCAGCAUGAAGGGACGCAUCAUGAAGGGACGCAGCAUGAAGGGACCAUCAUGA